AGGGUCUUCGAGCUCAGCGACCGAAAGGUCCUGGAGUGGGCCUCGAACAGCGGCCUCCACAGGCGGGGGAACAACGCCUCCAACGACAAGCCUGGCAUGCAGUUCGGCGUCCCCAUGAUGGACGACAUGAGCGUGCAGAAUACGCUCGCGGCCGUCACGCCCGCCCUCAGGCGGGACUUCAUGGUGCUGGAGCUGCGGGACAACCUCCUGGCCGCCGAGCGGAAGAAGCUGCUCGCGCGGUUCCCGGCCAGCGACUUCAAGCGGGUCGCCGUCGUGGUCAUGGGCGAGCCGUCGAAAGAGUACAAGGAGAAGGUGCAGGCGCAGCUGCUGUCCGAGAAGGUGGCGGCGGCAGAGAAGGAGAAAAGCGAGGACGAAGAGGGAGAGGGAGGACGAGGAGUGGCGCAAGGCGAAGCAGGCGAGGUACUCCAACCCCGGGCAGGACCGAGGCAGUCGAAGCGAAGAAAGAGGAGCCUAAGGAGGAGCCUGCAGACAAGGA